GGCACAAUAGCUAGUAUAUUAUGUGUAUUAUACAUGCGUUACAGUGAUGAACUAGUGAAUAAACCCAGUGAUGUUCAUCGCGUCGUUAAAGAUUAGCGUUUCUUCGAGUUUUGUAUAUUUGUCUAAUAAACGGGUCCGAUAAUCGAAAAAAUAAUGAGGGAACGCCGAGUAUAAUAUUGUUCUAGUUACACAUGCACAAUUUUCAACCAGUUGUAUGGUUUUGAUUAAUUUUUUAAACAUUAUUUUUGUUGUUAAAUUCGUUUCGUUCUAAUGGCUAAAGGUUCGUCUUCUGGUGGUAGCCAAAGCCCUAAGAGGAAAAACGGCAAAUCUAGUAGAGUUAACAGAAACCAACCGACCUUAAAUGGAUCAGAUACAAAUUAUUCCAGAAACAUGACCAAAGCGCAAACGGAAAGUACUAAACCAGUACCAUUGGCACCACCUUCCACUCAGCAGUCAUGGAUACUAAAAAAUCCAAUUCCUUUAGUAUUAGAGAUACUUAUCAUCUUUCAAAUGUUUUUUGUUACGUUAUUUUUCAAGAUGUUCAGAGUGUUUCUGCCAAGUUCAAAAAAAUCUGUCAAAGGAAAUGUUGUUCUGAUCACGGGCUCGGGAAGAGGCCUUGGCCGUGAACUGGCCUUAGAGUUCGCUCAACUAGGCGCUAAAGUAGCGUGUGUCGAUGUGGAUCAGACAAGCAAUGAAGAAACGGUUAAACUUAUCGAGGCGAAGGUUCCUGGUGUGUCGGCCAAGGCAUACACAGUUAACGUGGCAGUUAGCUCCGAAACAGCUGCACUCGCCGUCAAAGUGGAGCUCGACCUAGGUCCGGUGGAUAUACUCAUUAACAACGCGGCCGUUAUCGUCGGUCAUACGUUCCUGGGUGCCCAGGAUCACACUAUUUCUACCAUUAUCAACAUAAAUCUGCUCGGGCAUUUUUGGAUGAUACGUUCGUUCUUGCCGGGUAUGAUGAAGAGGAAUAGCGGUCACAUUGUGGCCAUUUCAUCAAUUUCGUCUCUUAGUGGCGAGGCCAAACUAUCGGCUUACUCGGCUAGCAAGUGGGGUAUUAAUGGAAUGAUGGAAAGUCUUAGAGAGGAACUUCGGGAGCAUUCACACAACAAAAUCCAUACCACUGUUGUGAUGCCACGCCUAAUUAACACUAGUGCUGAUUAUAUGAAAUCUAUUAACAGCAGGUUGCCGGUGUUGAGUGUGGAAUAUGCCGCUAAAGCUACGGUCCACGGAAUUUUGACGAAUGAAGUUGAAUUCACUAUUCCUCACAUAUCAUAUUUUACAAAUAUUAUACGGAAACUGUUUCCCGUCAAUAUUUCUGAUUCGAUAAAAAAUAUUUUCUAUGUGAAAAUUAUGUUACCAUCACAAGAAUACCAGGAUAAUCUGCCUAAUAUGUCAAUCAUUAAUCGUACUGUAGCAACUAAUUAAAAAUAGCGUUUGUAUAACGUGUUUGUUAUUAAUUAAGUAAUUUAAAAAUAAUAUUAUAUCUUAUAAUGUAAUGAUAGUUCUACAAUAAAUCAAGCCGCAGGUACUUAUUUUGAAGUGCUAGCUGAUAAAAAAUAAUAUUUUAAGCGAUUUUGUUUUAAUUCAAUUAAAUACAUAUAAAUUAAUCAACUAAAUUAGCUGAUAUGUACACAAUUUUAUAGUUAUAACUAUCACAUUACGGAUAAAUUAUAUCAUAUUUUUUUUUCUGUCAUUUUAAUGUUAUGAAUGGGUUUUUAAAGUCUUAUACAAAUUUUAAAAUAUUCGUUAUUUAUACGUGUUUAUUUAUUAUAAAAGUAAAAAAAAAAUAUUUAAGGUGUUUUUUAUUUAUUUAAAAACUGUGUUAACCUGUUAUGGAAAAUAAAGCUGAUAUUUGUUUGAAAGUGUAAAAAAUAAAAAUAAAUAACUUUUCUGUC